AUGGGAAAGGGUAGAGGAAACGAAAAUUCGACGAGAAAUCGCCUUGGAGUUACUUCAACGACGGAACGUGAAGAAGACCACGAGCCUGGAGGUGUAGUGGCAUUUUGUAGAAAACGGCCGUUUGAAAUAUACGGCACAAUUGCAUGCGUUGCAGUUGCUGCAUUUGUGAUAGGUUUUAAUAUUUUGUAUAUGAAAGACGCGACCAAGACCACUCCCCUCGCCAGCACUUCCCCUGCGGCACCGUCUCCACCAGACCAUGGUGCGACCACGACCACUCCCCUCGCCAGCACUUCCCCUGCGCACCGUCUCCACCAGACCAUGGUGCGACCACGACCACUCCCCUCGCCAGCACUUCCCUGCGGCACCGUCUCCACCAGACCAUGGUGCGACCACGACCACUCCCCUCGCCACUUCCCCUGCGGCACCGUCUCCACCAGACCAUGGUGCGACGACCACUCCCCUCGCCAGCACUUCCCCUGCACCACCAGACCAUGGUGCUCCCUCGCCAGCACUUCCCUGCGGCACCGUCUCCACCAGACCAUGGUGCGACCACGACCACUCCCCUCGCCAGCACUUCCCCUGCGGCACCGUCUCCACCAGACCAUGUGCGACCACGACCACUCCCCUCGCCAGCACUUCCCCUGCGGCACCGUCUCCACCAGACCAUGGUGCGACCACGACCACUCCCCUCGCCAGCACUUCCCCUGCGGCACCGUCUCCACCAGACCAUGGUGCGACCACGACCACUCCCCUCGCCAGCACUUCCCCUGCGCACCGUCUCCACCAGACCAUGGUGCGACCACGACCACUCCCCUCGCCAGCACUUCCCCUGCGGCACCGUCUCCACCAGACCAUGGUGCGACCACGACCACUCCCCUCGCCAGCACUUCCCCUGCGGCACCGUCUCCACCAGACCAUGGUGCGACCUCCCUCGCCAGCACUUCCCCUGCGGCACCGUCUCCACCAGACGGUGCGACCACGACCACUCCCCUCGCCAGCACUUCCCCUGCGGCACCGUCUCCACCAGACCAUGGUGCGACCACGACCACUCCCCUCGCCAGCACUUCCCCUGGCACCGUCUCCACCAGACCAUGGUGCGACACGACCACUCCCCUCGCCGCACUUCCCCUGCGGCACCGUCUCCACCAGACCAUGGUGCGACCACGACCACUCCCUCGCCAGCACUUCCCCUGCGCACCGUCUUCCACCAGACCAUGGUGCGACCACGACCACUCCCCUCGCCAGCACUUCCCCUGCGGCACCGUCUCCACCAGACCAUGUCCCCUCGCCAGCACACCGUCUCUGGUGCUCCUUCGCCAGCAUUUUCCUUACGGCACCUUCUCCACCAGACGGUGGUGCAGCCACAGCCACUCCCUUCAUCAGCAUUUUCCUUACGGCACCUUCUCCACCAGACGGUGGUGCGGCCACAGCCACUCCCUUCGCCAGCAUUUUCCUUACGGCACCUUCUCCACCAGAAGGAGAUGCAGCCGCAACCGCUCCCUCCGCUAA